AGCACGCAAUACAUUGCACAUUCAUUGCGCAAUUGGAGAUGGAAGAGACAACUCCAGUCCAGCGCUCCCCGCUUCCACCAGCGAGCAAUACGGAGUUGAGCCCGCCGCAGGACGUGGAGGCAGAUGGAGAUGACCUAUUAACUGACAGCGGGCGCAACUGGAGCCCGGACGUGCUGCUGGAGCUAGUGAAGAUCUGGCGCCGCGUGUUCCUGGCGCACCCUGACUGGAGCCGUGUACAACGCAUGCAGGCUGUGUACGAUAUUUUUAAGCAGACGGUAGACUGCUCGCAGCGUAGUCGCAAGGCUGUCGAUGACAAGCUGUACUCCAUGAAGCAGAUGUACCAGUUUAUCGCUCAGGUGAAGGAUCAGUUCAAGCAGGGAGGUCCCGACAAGGCACCUUCCCCGUCCUGGUUUGAGCUCACCAAAGAGGAGCGGCGCGUGGUCCGCACGUUACAUCGUGUGCGCAUCCCCAACAUCUCUCUUGAGGUGUAUAACGUGUUCGACAGCGUGUUGAGUCCCAGUGCUGUGGCUGCUAGGAGAACUGCAAUGGAGAACAAUGGAUUGACAGCAACGAGCAGUAAUACAACUCAGGGGACUUCGAUUACAGGAGACAACCGUGCGGUGAUACCGAUGGUAGUAACUGGUACUGCGCCCAGUGAGGAACCACAAGAAAAUACACAGGAGAUCCUGGACGUGAAGCGCAAUUGGAGUUAUGAUGUGACACUGCAGCUGGCGAGGGUGUGGAACAAUGUGCAUAAGGAGAACCCCGCUUUGAAAGGAGCUACGCUGAGUUUGAAUGUGUACAACGCAUUCAUGGCGGCAGUGGGAGGGUCGAACCGUUCCAGGAAGGCUGUCGACGACAAGAUGCACUCGAUGAGAGAGAUGUAUCGCUUCAUGAAGAACUACGAGACAAAACGCUUAACCACUGGAGACCCGAAAAUCCCAUGGUUUGAUCUUACUAAACCCCAGCGACGAGCUGUUCGUGCUGCGAACAAAAUCCGUGUUCCAAAUCUGGCCCCAGAUGUGUACAACGAGAUCGACAUGCUCAUGGCGAGAAUGAACCAAGUGUCUCCAUCCGAUACUCCAAUUGAGCCUGCGUCAUCUUCUGUGUUCUCCACGGAACCGGAAGGCAGCCAGCAAAAUGCAAACUUCACGUCGACGAUUAUUAACGGCAUGUCUUCACAUAACAAAGGGGCCACAAAUCAGAAUGGCAACAACCAUUCAGGUCAUAUUACAUGUGAAUGUGGCGCCAAGCGCCUUCUCGAUAUUGCCCCAGCUGUUGUAACCAUCACGUCGUCUAGUACUGGCAACAGCAUUUUACAGCAGCAGCAGCAGCAACAGGUUAGCGGGUCAGCUCCAAUCACUUCGACACAACGCGCGCAGACCACCAACUUUUACUCUUCCCAGCAAGUCCGGGACCAAGGCACACCAAAGCGCCAGCGAACGAUGCAAGAGCAGCCUAUGGGGAUGAUAGACUCGCAGACGGCGCGCGAGUUCUUCGAGCAGAUGCGUCUAUCGUUGGCUCAGGACCGCGAGGAAAGGCGCCAGCAGCAUACCGAACAAAUGAGUGCAUUGCGCGAAAUCGCAUCUUUGCUAAAACAGAGGAGGUGAGGGCGCACACGUUGAUGGUAACUCGAUGCUGUCAGGUUCUAUUUGGCUUGAGAUUGCAAGUGAAAGUAAAGACAAGGGGAGUAGUACAGUACACUACACGUUGCUUGUGAUACCCCAACGUUUGUCCCUCAACUGGACUCAAAUGAACUUGCGCAAUAAAAUAUCG